UUCACUGGGAAAUCAUUGCCAGAUUGUCUGUAUAUGUGAGCGUGUGCUGGGAGGCAGCCUACCAGAGAGACAACUGACAGGAAGAGGAGAACAUCUACAGCUGAGUACCUUCUUUUUCAUGACCACCAUGUCUCAACCUGCACAGGAAGAUGGACAAACGCAGCGUCCUGUAGUGAGAGAAGAGGACCUGACUGAAGCAAAGACCAAACUUGGUGGUAGUGGGACAGUGAAGAGCAAGACUUUUGAAGUGAUGGAGGAAUGCGAGAAAAUGGGUAAAGCUGCUCCCUCUGUGUUCAGUGGAGUGAGAUCCGGAGCAGAGACUGCUUUCAACGCCCGCUCAGCUCGACAGAUCAGGAAGUAAAAGGAAGCUUCGUUAGGACGGAUGAUCGCCGCCUCUUAUCAUGUGCUGAGGAUCCCUUGUUUGAAUUAUUGUCAAAAGCAUUUUUUGAUGUUUCCAAUCAUACAACGUCUGCCAGCUGAGAGAUGUUUAAUAAACCUAUUAGUCAGCCAAAAGCAAUAAAUUGUUUGAUCAGUUAA